UGGCACCUGGUGGGCCGAGGGGGACGCGGCGGGUCGGGAGCGGCAGCGAUGGCCGACCACAGUCUGGACGAGUUCCGCCGGCGCUGGCAGGAGGAGCUGGCGCAGGCCCAGGCGCUGAGGAAGCGGCGGCGGCCCGAGGCUGCUGAGCGGCGGCCGCGGCGGCCCGAGGUGGUCCCUGGGCGCGGCGAGCAGCAGGCCUCGGGGUACCUGGCGCUGGCCCAGGGCCUUUUGGAGGGCGCGGGGCGGCCCCCGGCGGCGCGGGCGACCCGGGCCGAGAGGCAGGAGGCGGCGAGCCGUUCGCGCUCCCCUCCGGCCCGCGAGGCUGCCGGCGGCGGGGAGCAGCUGGUGGACCAGCUCAUCCGGGACCUGAAUGAAAUGGAUGACGUGCCCUUCUUUGAUAUCCAACUGCCUUACGAGUUGGCAAUCAAUAUAUUUCAGUAUCUGGACAGAAAAGAACUAGGAAGGUGCGCGCAGGUGAGCAAGACGUGGAAGGUGAUUGCAGAAGAUGAAGUACUCUGGUACAGACUGUGCCAGCAGGAAGGGCACCUUCCCGAGAGCAGCAUCUCCGAUUAUUCUUGCUGGAAGCUCAUCUUCCAAGAGUGCCGAGCCAAGGAACACAUGUUAAGAACCAACUGGAAGAAUCGCAAAGGCGCCGUGAGUGAGCUGGAACACAUUCCUGACGCAGUUUUAUGUGAUGUGCAUUCUCACGAUGGUGUUGUCAUUGCUGGAUAUACAUCAGGGGACGUGAGGGUGUGGGACACCCGCACCUGGGACUACACAGCCCCCUUCCUGGAAUCGGACUACGAGGAGGACGAGGCUGGAAUGCAGCCAUAUGUCUCCUUUGUGAGAGUAAACAGCUCGCUGGCAGUAGCGGCUUAUGAGGACGGAUUUCUUAAUAUUUGGGAUCUAAGGACUGGAAGGUAUCCUAUUCAUCGUUUUGAGCAUGAUGCAAGAAUACAAGCACUAGCCCUCAGCCAGGAAGAUGCAACUGUCGCCACAGCUUCUGCUUUUGAUGUCGUAAUGUUAUGCCCCAAUGAGGAGGGAUAUUGGCAAAUAGCUGCAGAAUUUGAAGUUCAGAAACUGGUUGACUACCUUGAAAUAGUUCCAGAUACUGGAAGGUAUCCUGUGGCAGUAGCCACUGCUGGAGAUCUGGUAUACCUGCUAAAAGCUGAAGACUCUGCCAGAACCCUCCAUUAUGUCUACGGGCAGCCUGUCACAUGUCUAGAUGUCUCCGCCAACCAGGCUGCUUUUGGUGUGAAGAGUCUGGGAUGGGUGUACGAAGGAAACAAGAUCCUGGUGUAUAGCCUGGAAGCAGAACGCUGCCUCUCGAAGCUGGGCAACGCGCUUGGCGACUUCACCUGCGUCAACCUCCGGGACAGCCCUCCCAAUCUCAUGGUCAGUGGCAACAUGGACAGGAGGGUGAGGAUCCACGACCUCCGCACUGACACGAUCGCCCUGUCCAUCUCUGCCCACCAACUCGGAGUCUCUUCAGUCCAGAUGGACGACUGGAAGAUUGUCAGUGGGGGCGAGGAGGGCCUGGUCUCCGUGUGGGAUUAUCGGAUGAACCAGAAGCUGUGGGAGGUACACUCCAGACACCCCGUGCGGCACAUCUCCUUCAACUGCCACAGCCUCAUCACGGCCCACGUGCCCUAUGAGAGGGUGGUGCGCAACGCUGACCUGGACAACUUCGUCACCCACCGCAGACACCGGGGGCUGAUCCAGGCCUAUGAGUUUGCAGUGGACCGGCUGGCCUUUCAGAGCACUGUGCCCAUCUGCCGUUCGUCCUGUGACACCAUACCGGGUUACAACUACGACCUGGCGCUCGCUUUUCCCUGUGACAACAUUUAGGGAAUUGUCUCAUUUGGGAGCCGGGAGAAACAUGGGAAGAACCAAUUCUGUGUAUUUUAGAACUACAGAGGAGCACCUCACUAGGUUUUAAGUGUUGGGGGAAGAAAGCAACCGCAGGGCGCGCUUCUGUGACCCCCACGUAUUCCUCUACUGCCUUCGCUUUUCUCCUUUGCCAAUUCAUUUUUCCGCAGCCGCGUUUGUCAGGGCUCAUUUCAUCUUACUCUGUUCUCACUCUCUCUCAUGGCUUUGAGUACCACACACCGAUGGCUCAGAUUUAUACCUCCUCCACUGCCCCGCAU